AUGGCUCAACCACAUGAACCGGAGCGCGAACUGAACGAGACCAGGGGUCUGGCAAACACGGCUGCUGUAUACAGCCCAGUGACCGAAACUUCUGCAACCAUGCAUACGGACUCCAAACAAAGUACCCAAAGUGUUGAGUCUUCUGGUGCCACAGAGGCUGCAAACCCAACCGAAACUUGUGACAGUGAUUUAUCUUUCUUGGACGCUCUGGAACAAUCACGGAAGAAGCUAGACCAGGAGUCGUCACAAUUCGAAGAAGACUUAAAAGGACGAAACACCAAGAACACGGACCUUGAAGUACUCGACUGGGAUGACCUUCUGGUAGAGUAUGAGAAAGAAAUAGCAACUAUUGCGCACCGAGAAAAGGAGAUCAUAAACAAGUUCAACACAAGAUUCAAAUCUUCGGAAGAGGAACUUAUCAAGCAAGAGCAACACUACGUGAGAGUCAUGGAAGCAUUUCAGAGCGCCAUGUCGUUGCUCAACCAUUCGAAUCAGCAAUGA